GCUCCGCAAUCAACUGAAUCGAAGGUAGUUAAUGAUCAAUCAACUUCCAGGAGAAAGCCUUCUCCGGAGGUAACAUCUGAAGCUUCAAUGGAAACUCCGGUUGAGGAAGCACGACCACCAUUUUCACAGAGGGCCUUUCAACAGCAGCAACAUUUUUCUCAGGGCGAAUCAGUCUUAAACUUUGAACCCUUCUCCAUCUUCGGUAAUACUCCUACCAGCUCCAUGUUCGAUACCGAUAGUGGACCUAUUAAUAAAAAACGCUUCAUUAAAAUGUCUAUCAUGCGCUUUUUGCCACAAUUCUAUUUUACCAACGAUGAAUUCUGUUAUGCUCUCGAAAAUACUGAAGAUGUAUGUUUUAAUUCUACAUUUCAGCCUAUGACAGUGGGUGAGAUGAUUGGAAUCAGCUUGGAACCCGAUACCACAUUACCUGCCGUACCAUCACAAUUCCAAGAUUUCAAGUUCCCUUCAGAGACUGAGGGUCAAAACUUAAUGGACCCGAAGGAUGGACCCCAGGGAAACGAGGCCGUCCCCUCAAGACCUUGUGAUCGAGAGGAGAAAAUCUUCGUGAAGGAAAUAGACUCCACCGUCACAACCACUUCACAAGAUGAUGCUGAUGAAAUUCCGGAUCAAUACUUUGAGCUUUCACGAGCGGAGCUUCAGAGAAUGUUAGCCGAGCUUCGUAAAGUAGCAGGAACGGAUGUACUUUUGGGUGCACAGACUGCACAGCAGAGAGCAGCACAGGACCGGCUUCUCCGAUUUUUCCCUCGUUGUGUCAUUCGCUUCAUUUGGUCCGACAAUGUGGUUCUUCAGGCCUGUUUCCGCCCCCUGGAACCAGUCUCUGCUCUCUACGACUUCAUUCGUGAAAGGCUGGUUGAUCAGACCCUUCCUUUCUACUUAUUUACUGCACCUCCGCGUGUCAUUCUGUCAAAGGAGGCAGAGACUCUCUUCAAGGUUAGUGCACUAAUUUUGCUCAACUUCAUGAAUGAACAAGUGUCAAAGCUGCACCCCUCUGCAAAGAUCUACUUUUCAGUGAAAAGUGGCCCUUCCAAAGCCAGAGAUGUUCUUAGAAGUGAUUUACUUGAAAGGAUGGCCCCAGAAUCAGAAACGGAAGCUCGCGAAAUUGCCUCAAAAUGUCAGGUUUUGACCGUUUUCUCCUCCUCCUCCUCUUGCAGGAUGCCCAAUUCAACCCAACGUGAAGCAGCGGAAUAA